UGAAGAAAAAAAAAAAAGAUAUGACCUAAAAGCACUUUGAAUUCCUUUGGACCCAUUUCAUGUCUUCUUUCACCUCAGCUCCUCCAUCAUUCAUCAUAUUAAAAUCUCCAUUAAAACUCUCUCUCUCUCUCUCUCUCUUCUCUGCAGCUAGCAAGCUAGCUCUCAUAUAUAUAUCCAGCCAUGAUGACGUCCAGUAGUACGGAUGAGAGAAGAGAGUACGGCGAAGGGUCAUCGUCGUCGAGAUUAGCCGCCACGAUGGCAACUCCUCCUCAGCCGCUGCAGUUACAGCAACCGGGCAGCGGCGGCGGCGGCGGCGUUCAUCAUCAGCUGAGCCGGUACGAGUCGCAGAAGCGGCGCGACUGGAACACGUUCGGGCAGUACCUGAAGAAUCAACGGCCGGCAGUGGCGCUAUCACAGUGCCACUAUUCCCACGUCCUGGAUUUCCUUAAAUACCUCGACCAGUUCGGAAAAACUAAGGUCCACUCCCACGCCUGCGUGUUCUUCGGCCAACCCGACCCCGCCGGCCCCUGCACCUGCCCUCUCCGCCAAGCCUGGGGAAGCCUCGACGCCCUCAUCGGCCGCCUCCGCGCCGCCUACGAGGAGAACGGCGGCUUGCCGGAGACCAACCCCUUUGCUAGCGCCGCCAUUCGCGUUUAUCUCAGGGAAGUCAGAGAUUCUCAGGCUAAGGCAAGAGGAAUCCCAUACAAGAAAAAGAAGAAGAAGAAGAUAAUAAAGACAAACAUUAUUAAUAAUCCUAGUACUAAUAAUAAUACUAAUAAUGUUCUCAAGGCUAAUGAAGAACCUACUGCUACCCCUAGCUUUCAGAUGCAAUCGGCUUCUUGAAUAUUUGCAAGGAGAAAAUGCUGUGCCCAGAUUAUGGUUCUGAAGAUUCAUCAGAUAGAUUCAAGAAUCAGCUGUGUUGGUCCACUAUAUUGAAACAAAUUUGUGGGUUCGUUUCAUUUAUAUAUGUUAUAGUUUAAUUUUCUACUAUCAUCGAUGUGCAUCAAAUUUUAGAUAGACUGUAUUUGAUACAUAAUUUGAAGUUUAUACUGAUAUAUAUAAUUUAUGAUAUGGUAGGUGUUGAAAGAGUUAAUUGGUACUUUAUUUUAGAGAUUAAAAUGGAAA